GUUCAGACUCAGUGAUGCAGAAAGGAUUCAGGCUGGAGGCGUGGAAUCACAUAAAAACAGCAACGAGUGACAGAGGAAUCAGUGGAUCGGCUCACCUGGACAGAACCCUGCUGAGGAUUCUGCAUCUCCACAGAUUUUUCUGAAGAGAAACGGCCAGAGGCUGAAGCUGUGAGAUGGAUCGGCAUGGAAAGGGAGGACACGGACAUGGACAUGGACAUGGUCAUGGACAUGGACAUGGACCCGAACAUGGACAUGGUCAUGGACAUGGACAUGGACAUGGUCAUGGUGGUUGCGGUGAGACAGACCAUGGACAUGGACCCGAACAUGGACAUGGUCAUGGUCAUGGACAUGGUCAUGGACAUGGACAUGGUCAUGGACAUGGAGGACAAGGACAAGGAGGCUGUGGUGGGAAGGACCAAGGACCUGGAGGAGGAGGAGAGGACUUUCUCCGCCGAGACACAGACACGUACACGGUCACAAACACAUGGGGCCACAAGAAAGGGGAGAACCUGUUCCUCACUUUAACUGCUCAAAAUGGAAACUUUCACAUCUUCACUAUGUUUUUUUGCUAAAUAUUACAAAUACUGUUAGUGAAGAGUAGAUGUCUGAUAAUCGUUUCUGUUUCCUCUGCAGCUCCUGCAGCAGCGACUCUGGAGACGUCUCAAAGAUCUUCAUCUCUAAAAGCCGGCAGUGAUCAGUUACAUUCAGCGAUUAAAGGCUGAACUCAAAAUGAAUAAAGGCUUAAUAAAAAUACAUCUGAGGUUCUGGGAAUGCAAACUGUUUUGAUUUUAACUAAAGGUAUGAUGAGAAAUUGCUGCUUUGUACUGACUGGAU